UUGAAAGUCAAGACCAGAUUUGAACCUUGUUUGAACCUCUUGUGGUGCUUACAAAGCAAAGAUGAGCAUCAAAAGCGAAGAUGUGGAGAAGUUUCUUGAUGGAAACCUGGAGUUUGCGAAGAGAUACUUUGAAAAAAAGCUCAAAGCUGGAACUGUGGCAUCCAUAACGGGAGUCCCAGAGUCCAAAGUGGAUUUGGACUCUUUUAAACAGGUGUGUCAGGUGGAGGAAGGAACGAUAUUCUUUGAUUUGAUCAAAGACAUGCAGGAGAAUGUUAAUAUGGAGAAGGUGAUCUUCAAAAUCCUGAAGAGACUCAGUGCUCUCAUCCAUGCUGACCGAUGCAGCCUUUUCAUGUACAGGCAAAGGAACGGUGUAGCUGAAUUGGCCACUCGACUGUUUAAUGUAAACUCUUCAUCAAAGAUGGAAGACUGUGUGGUUCCACCCGACUCUGAGAUUGUCUUCCCUCUUGAUAUCGGCAUAGUCGGGCAUGUCGCCCAAACCAAGAAAAAUAUCAAUGUCAGGGAUGUUAAAGAGAAUAGCUACUUCAGUACGUUUGUUGAUGAGCUGACAGAAUACACCACCCGCAACAUCUUGGCUUCACCCAUCAUGAACGGCAAAGAUGUGGUGGCGGUCAUCAUGGCAGUCAAUAAAACUAAUGGACCCUAUUUCACAGACGAUGACGAAGAUCUUUUUUUAAAGUAUCUAAAAGUUGGCACGUUGAACUUAAAGAUUUACCAUCUGAGCUAUCUACAUAGCUGUGAGACACGUAAAGGCCAGCUGCUUCUGUGGUCUGCUAACAAAGUGUUUGAAGAGCUCACGGAUAUCGAGCGUCAGUUCCACAAAGCUUUGUACACAGUGCGGGCAUACCUUAACUGUGACCGCUACUCUGUCGGUCUGCUGGACAUGACCAAGGAAAAGGAGUUCUUUGAUGUGUGGCCUGUGUUGAUGGGAGAACAACCACCAUACUCUGGUCCCGUUACUCCAGAUGGGAGGGAAAUCAUCUUCUACAAAGUCAUUGACUACAUUUUACAUGGAAAAGAGGACAUCAAAGUCAUACCAAAUCCACCUGCAGACCACUGGGCACUGGCUAGCGGCCUACCCACCUAUGUAGCAGAAAGUGGCUUUAUCUGCAAUAUCAUGAACGCACCAGCAGAGGACAUGUUCAAAUUUCAGCGUGAGGCACUUGAUGACAGCGGCUGGACCAUUAAAAACGUGCUGUCUCUGCCAAUCGUCAACAAAAAGGAAGAAAUAGUAGGAGUAGCAACUUUCUAUAACAGGAAAGAUGGCAAGCCAUUUGAUGAACAGGAUGAACAACUAAUGGAGGCUUUGACCCAAUUUCUGGGCUGGUCGGCACUCAACACAGACACCUACGACAAGAUGAAUAAACUAGAAAACAGGAAAGACAUCGCCCAGGACAUGGUGCUUUACCACGUCAAGUGUCGAGAUGAUGAGAUUCAGAAUAUUCUUAAAACCAGGGAGUACUUUGGGAAAGAGCCAAAAGACUGUGAGGAGGAAGAACUUUCCCAGAUCCUGAAGAAAGAACUUCCAGGAAAAAACAAAUUUGAGAUAUAUGAGUUCCGGUUUUCCGACUUUGACUGCACAGAACGGGAUCUGGUGUUGUGUGGCAUCCAGAUGUACUAUGAAGUUGGUGUUGUAAAGAAGUUUCAGGUUCCUCAGGAGGUUCUAGUGCGGUUCAUGUACUCAGUGAGCAAGGGCUACAGAAAGAUCACCUAUCACAACUGGCGCCAUGGCUUCAAUGUUGGACAAACCAUGUUUACAUUACUAACGACAGGGCAGCUGAAGCGAUACUACACAGAUUUGGAGGUCAUGGCCAUGAUCACUGCUGGAUUCCUGCAUGAUAUCGACCACAGGGGCACCAAUAAUCUCUACCAAGUGAAAUCACAAAAUCCAUUAGCAAAACUUCAUGGAUCAUCCAUUCUGGAAAGGCAUCAUUUAGAAUUCGGCAAGUUUUUACUUGGAGAUGAGUCUUUAAACAUUUUCCAAAACUUGAACAGAAGACAGACAGAGCAUGUUUUCCACCUAAUCGACAUUGCCAUUAUUGCAACUGACCUUGCCUUGUAUUUCAAGAAGAGGACAAUGUUCCAGAAAAUUGUGGAUCUAUCUGAAACGUAUGAGGAGGAGAAGAAAUGGGUCGAAUUCAUGUCUCUGGAAACGACAAGGAAGGAAAUUGUAAUGGCCAUGAUGAUGACUGCUUGUGAUCUGUCAGCCAUAACCAAACCAUGGGAGGUUCAGAGCAAGGUUGCACUCUCAGUAGCAGCUGAAUUCUGGGAGCAAGGUGACUUAGAGAGGACUGUACUUGAGCAACAACCCAUUCCCAUGAUGGACAGGAACAAAGCUGCAGAACUGCCCAAGCUUCAGUGUGGUUUUAUAGACUUUGUCUGCACUUUCGUCUACAAGGAGUUCUCACGGUUCCACAAAGCCAUCCAACCCAUGUAUGAUGGCAUCCUGAACAACCGGAGAGAGUGGAAGGCUUUACAGGAAGCGUAUGAGGCGAAACUGAAGGAGGCUGAAGAAGCAGCAAAGGCGAAAGCAGAAGCUGCAGCAGCCAAAACAGCGGCUGCCUCCAAUAACCCAUCGUCAUCGGGGUCCAAAACCUGUUCCAUCUGCUAGAACUGAAUUAGAGAAUGCGAGGUACUUUAGGGAUUCAACACAGCCACUGAAAUGGAUGGCAAAUGGUGAGAGUGGCCUCACCCCAGAACAGAGGGACUGCUGGGAAACACUGAGCAGGACAAUGCAUCACAUGCUUCCAGUAUGCCACUAGACCAACUGGGGCCUGAAAACAAAUUUCUGUAGACACAAAACAAGGUGACUGAGUUCGCCUCUGGAUUGUACCACCUUUUUUAGUUUUUGGUUAAAUCCAUUUUUGUUGUGUUAUAACACGAUCACAAGAUCAGUCUUGUAUGUUCUUGAGGCAAAUCCAAAAGUGGAGUGUGUCUCUUGUGAGGAUUAGGCAUCAAAUAUGAUAGUUAUGAGUUAAUACUUGUUGCUUUUUUUUAAGUACAUAUACCAAUUCUUCCUAGAAUUGUUUGUUACAUGAGCUGUGUUCCAGUCUUACAAGUCUUUGGCCAUCAUUGUUCCUGAAAGGCAACAUUGGUAGGCAACAAGUUUGAGAAACAUUUGGUACAUCAUUACUGAAAGCAUCUAAGGAUGGAUCCCAAACUAGUGGCAGCUACUGAUGUGUAAAACACAACACAAAGUGUGUUGGUAAGAUCAUGGGACACCAUGAACUGUGAGAACUGCUUUAAUUUCUCUUUGGCAUAGAUUGCACAAGUCUCUGGAAAUGAUGUACUGGAGUCAUGAACAACGUUGUUCUAAACAAUACACCCUAUUUUUUGUUAUUUGGAUGAUGGUAGAGGAGAGGGCUGUAUAAAGUCAGCAUUACACAUUACGAGUUUGGGCCUGAUUUUGUUGUCACAGACAAAAGUCACACACUGUAAACAAUUGUGGAUGAGGGAAUGUUUUAAUGUAGAAUAAAAGGGGAUGAGUCAAAUGAACCUGGAAUUGAUUUGCAGUAACAUUUCCUUUUACAUGAACAAGUGGGCCCAA